UUUUAGUUUUAUUGUUUAAUUUAAUUUAUUUAUCUGUACCUUUUAAUCUUCAAUUCUGGGUAGAAGCCUUAGCCAAAAACAGUGUUUUAAAUUUUAAACCAUCAUUGCAAAAAAUUAUAAGGUACAUUUUUAGACCUUUAUUCUAAAAAAAUGUGUACUUCCGGCGCCGAUCACUACAUUUCUUCACACUUUUCCCGCGCGCAGCUUCCUGCUUCAUCUCCGCAGCAUCUCCUUCCGGCACAUCACACCUCUACAUUCACUCUAUGCGCCUACCGACCGCUGCCGUCCAGAAUUUUCUCCAUUGCACAUCGUCGGUUGUCAGGUAGUCUAUAAAGAUGAAGGGAGCGAAAUUGGCCGUGGUUUUAAGCGUGUUUUUGGCCUCCGUCCUCCUGACUGAGACAGCGCGAAGCAAGAGAGACUCCAGCAGCCAGAACAGCUUCAGGAGGGCGGCCAGCGGUUUCUACCAAACCCUCAGCAAUAUCUUCGGAGAGGAGAACAUCAGGGCGCUGUACAAGUUCUUCUCAAAAACUACAGAGAGGUUUGUUUAUGGAGUCGAUUCAUUAUUGGACACCUUGUGGAAACUGUGGGUGGAUUUGCUUGAUGUUAUGGGCAUUGACUCCUCUAACCUGACGCAGUACUUCAGCCCAUCGUCCGUGUCCAGCUCUCCUGCUCGUGCUCUCCUCCUGGUGGCAGCCUUGCUGGUGGCUUACUGGUUCCUGUCCGUGUUCAUGAGCGGUUUCUUUUACAUCCUCCAAGUGAUGUUCGGCCGUUUCUUCUGGCUGGCCCGUGUGGCCCUUUUCGCCCUCUCGUGCCUGUACAUUCUGCAGAAAUUCGAGGGUGACCCUGAGAAAGCGGUGCUGCCGCUGUGCUUCAUCAUGGCUGUGUACUUCAUGACGGGACCAGUGGGAGCAUACUGGCGGAAAGGGGGUGGACCUGGAACUCUGGAGGAGAAGAUCGACCACCUCGAUACCCAGAUCCGCCUUCUAAACAUCCGCUUGAGCAGAGUGAUUGAAAACCUAGAGCGCUCAAGUGACCAAUGAAAUGAUUUUUUUCGCCCCAGGCUGAGGGUGAGAGCUGGGGUUUGUGGGAUGGGAUGAGAAGAAUUUUUUUUUUUGUUGUGCCCCUUUUUUUCCUCAGGAUGUCCCAACAUUUUAGUCAGGCACGAAUUGUAUGUGACGUAUGGAAAUUUGAUAAAUUCCCCAGUUGAUAUGCUGAAAAAGAGUCUAUUAGAUUCCCCCUGUUGUCGUAGAAUUAUUAGUGUCCACUUCUACUGUAGCCACCCAUUUUUGAGUAAAUAUGGACUUUUUUGUAUACUGUGGGUCUGUGUGUCUGCAAGCCUUGAGUUGAGUGUGUUAGUCCAUUUCACACAGUGUUACGCCCUUUUCCAUAAGCUGUGUUAGGACACUUUCUAUAAGUGUGUGUUAUUUAUCAGUCAAAGGCAAUGCAAUUGAGAGUCGAUUCAGAAACACUCAAAGUAGUGCUGGGCGGUAUGACCAAAAAUUUAUAGACAUACACCGAUAUU